AUGGCUGAUUUCGAAAUGGCAUUUCAUAGUGCUGUAAAAUCUGUCUUUCCAGAUGUAGUUAUUAAGGGCUGCUUAUUUCAUUUUACUAAUGCUAUUUGGAAGAAUAUUCAGUCUAAUGGUCUCCAAGCCGAGUAUGCAGCCGAUGCUAAAUAUGCCUUGAAUUUGAAAAAAUUAAUGGUUUUGGCUUACGUACCUGAAGAUGACGUAGUAGAGGCUUAUGACCAAUUGAUUAAGACAAAAUUUUAUGUU